UCAUCAUGAAGUGGCUGAUCCUCGCUCUGGUCUGCUUCCACCUCUCUGAGGGGCUGGUGAAAAUUCCUUUGAAGAAAGGCAAGUCCAUAAGGGAAACAAUGAAGGAGAAGGGUGUGCUCCACAAAUACCUUGAGAAACACCGCCACUAUGACCCUGCCUACAAAUUCUUCAAUAACUUUGCCUCUGCCUACGAGCCCCUGUCUAACAGCAUGGAUAUGUCCUACUAUGGGCCCAUCAGCAUCGGGACCCCCCCACAGAGCUUCUUAGUGCUCUUCGAUACCGGCUCCUCCAACCUGUGGGUGCCAUCCACGUAUUGCCAGAGCGAGGCCUGCACCGACCACAAUUUGUUCAACCCCAGCAAGUCCUCCACGUUUUCAACUCGGGAUGAGUACUUCUCCAUACAGUAUGGAACUGGCAGCCUCAGUGGGAUUCUUGGCUAUGAUACUGUUAAAAUCCAGAGCCUUUCCAUCACAAACCAGGAGUUUGGCCUGAGUGAGACUGAGCCUGGCACCAACUUUGUGUAUGCUCAGUUUGACGGCAUCCUGGGUAUGGCCUACCCUUCCAUUUCUGCUGGGGGUGCCACCACUGUGAUGCAGGGCUUGAUGCGGGAAGACCUGCUUGAUGCCCCCAUCUUCAGCUUCUACCUGAGUGGACAGGAGGGCAGCGAAGGGGGUGAGCUUGUCUUGGGAGGUGUUGACUCCAGCCUGUACACAGGCCAGAUCACCUGGACUCCUGUCACCCAGACUACCUACUGGCAGAUUGGGAUUGAAAGUUUCUCCAUUGGUGGAGAGACCAGCGGCUGGUGUAGCGAGGGCUGCCAGGGAAUUGUUGACACUGGAACCUCCCUCCUCACUGUUCCUCAGGAGGUCUUUUCUGAGCUGAUGGAAUACAUUGGAGCUGAAGCUGAUAGUGAUGGCCAGUACGUGGCUAGCUGCAGCAACAUCGAGAGCAUGCCCACCCUCACCUUCGUCAUCAGUGGCACCAGCUUCCCCUUGCCUCCCUCUGCCUACAUGCUCCAGAGCGACAGUGACUACUGCACCGUUGGAAUUGAACCUACCUACCUGGCAUCCCAGAAUGGACAGCUCCUGUGGAUUCUUGGGGACGUCUUCCUGAGGUCUUACUACUCCGUCUAUGACCUGGGCAACAACCAAGUGGGCUUUGCCACUGCUGUAAUCAAACUGAAGAAAAUUGAGUCUAUAUGGGAGGAAAUGAGGAAGGCAGGAGUGCUGGAGGACUACUUAAAAAAAAUUAAAUACGAUCCAGUCAGGAAAUAUCGCUUCAAUGAGAACUCUGUUGUGUAUGAGCCAAUGGCUAGCCAUCUGGAUUCCUCCUACUUUGGGGAGAUCAGCAUUGGGACCCCUCCACAGAACUUCCUGGUGCUCUUUGACACUGGCUCCUCCAACCUGUGGGUGCCGUCCAUAUACUGCCAGACAGUGGCCUGCACAAAUCAUGCAAGGUUCAAUCCCAGCCAGUCCUCUACCUUCACCAACAACAGUCAGACCUACACCCUCUCUUACGGCAGCGGUGCACUCACAGUUCUGCUGGGUUACGACACGCUAACAAUCCAGAGCAUCAGGGUCACAAACCAGGAGUUUGGGCUCAGUGAGGAUGAACCAGCGCAGCCUUUCUACUAUGCCAAUUUUGAUGGGAUCCUGGGAAUGGCCUACCCUUCGCUGGCAGUGGGAGGAACGCCCACUGCUCUCCAGCCCACCUAUGAUUAUGGAGGAGAGCUCAUUCUUGGAGGAGUUGACACUCAGCUGUUCUCUGGCGAGAUUGUAUGGGCACCAGUGACCCAGGAGGUUUACUGGCAGAUUGCAAUUGAUGAAUUUGCUAUUGGAGAGUCAGCGACGGGCUGGUGCAGCCAGGGCUGCCAGGCCAUCGUGGAUACUGGGACAUUCUUGCUCACAGUGCCCCAGCAGUAUAUGGUCAGCUUCCUUCAGGCUGUGGGUGCCCAGCAGACCAGUUAUGGUUAUGCAGUUAACUGCAAUGAGGUCCAGUACCUGCCCACCGUCACUUUCAUCAUCAACGGAGCUCAGUUCCCACUGUGCCCCUCUGCCUACAUCAUCAAUGACAACGGCUACUGCACUGUUGGGAUCGAGGCCACCUACUUGCCGUCCCAGAAUGGGCAGCCGCUCUGGAUCCUGGGUGAUGUCUUUCUCAAGCAGUAUUAUUCCAUCUUUGACAUGGCUAACAACCGUGUUGGCUUUGCCCUGUCAGCAAUGCAUCUGAGGAAAGACAAAUGCAUGGGAGAGAUGGAGGAGGAGGAGGAAAUGCUGGAGGAUUUCCUGAGCCGCCACAGGCCUGACCUAGGCUGGAAAUACCAGUCCAGUGCCACAAUGUCCUUUACUAUAUAUAUAGGUGCUGCUGGAGAAGGUGCACGACACGCAGGAGAAACCAGAGCCAUGAGGUGGCUUGUGCUGGCCGUCGUCUGCUUCCAGCUCGUGGAAGGAGCGGUGAGGAUCCCCCUGCGGAAGGGCAGGUCCGCACGGGAGGCAAUGGCACAGGACGGAGUGCUGGAGAGUUUCCUGAAGCACCUCAAGGGCGACCCGGGCAGGAAGUAUCAGCUCAGUAACGCCGUGACUUACGAACCACUAACGAACUACCUGGAUUCCUUCUACUUUGGGGAGAUCAGCAUCGGGACCCCCCCGCAGAGCUUCCGGGUGCUCUUCGACACUGGCUCCGCCAACCUCUGGGUGCCAUCCACGUAUUGCCAGAUGCCGGCCUGCGAUGCUCACACUAGGUUCAACCCCAGCCAGUCAUCGACCUUCUCCAACAUUGGCACCACCUACACCCUGACCUAUGGGUUUGGUGACUUGUCUGUGGUGCUGGGUUACGACACUGUGACAAUCCAGAACAUCGUUGUCACGAACCAGGAAUUUGGCCUGAGCCAGGAUGAGCCCAGCAGACCCUAUUACUACUUGGACUUCGAUGGGAUUUUGGGCAUGGCUUACCCGGCUGUUGCAAUCAGUGGUUACAACACUCUGAUGCAGAACAUGCUGCAGCAGAACCAGCUUUCUGAACCCAUCUUCAGUUUCUAUUACUCCCGUAACCCAACCUAUGAUUACGGUGGGGAGGUCAUCCUCGGAGGCGUUGACACUCAGCUGUACUCAGGGGAGAUUUUAUGGGCACCGGUGGUCCAGGAAGUUUACUGGAAGAUUGGUAUUGAGGAGUUCUCCAUUGGGCAGUCCACCACAGGCUGGUGCAGCCAGGGCUGUCAUGGCAUCGUGGACACUGGGACCUUCCAGCUCACUGUCCCGGCACAAUACAUGCCAGUGUUCCUGCAGGCUCUGGGUGCACAGGAGAGUAACUACGGGUUUAUUGUUGACUGCAACAACAUCCAGAACAUGCCCACCCUCUACUUUGCCAUCAGCGGAGUCCAGUUACCGCUGCCUCCAUCUGUCUACGUGUUCAACAACAACGGCGUCUGCACCGUUGGGGUUGAGAGCACUUACGUGUCUUCUGACAGCGGCCAGCCACUCUGGAUCCUAGGUAAUGUCUUCCUCCGGCAGUAUUAUUCCAUCUUUGACAUGGCCAACAACAGAGUUGGCUUUGCCGUGUCAGCCUAGGGACACCACAUGUCCCCCCAGGGACAGCCUUCCCUUCCCUUCCCUUCCCUGGGUAACCGCUCUUCCCAGUUGCUGAGGAAUCCUAUAUAAUCUGAACGGAGAGGUUGCAGCACCCCAGUACAUCUGAAUUACAGCCUUUUCCUCCCUUGGCCUGGCGUGUAAUACUCAGUAGUCUCCAAAUCCU